ACCGACCGACCGCCAGAACCGCCGCUACCUGGCAUGCAAUGCCUACGUCGAUCCAUCCAUCCAUCUCUCUUCUUUCCAUCUCUCUAGCGCUCAGCAGGUGUGGCCAGCCUGACCUGCCGCUCAUACCGCCGCACCAUCUCACGACGCUGCUCGGCACUCAACAAAUGAUCUACCACACCCACGCCCACACCAUGCUGCAUACUGAGGGUGGGGGGCACCGGCUGUGGCUGUGUGUGUGCCGGGGGAGGGGGUGGCUGUGGGUGUAGUGGCGGAGGGGGAGAGGGUGUCUGUUUGGUGUGCAUGAGGGGGUAGGAUGGUGGUGUGGCUGUCGGUGGCGGCCUUUGGGGCCGCUGGAUGGACGCCGACAGGUAACCAUUGUAGUCCAACCUGACACACAACGAGACACAGACAGACAGACAGACAGAAAGAUAGAUAGACGUGACGUGCCUGUGCGGUGUGUAUUUGUGAUGUGUUGUGUGUCGUCGUGUCUGCGCCUUCCCACCCCACCGACCGCAGUAGCAGUUGUGCGAGUGUGUUGUUGGCGACGGCGACCGACUGCUCCUGAUGACAUGAGCUCAGCUCUUGGAACAACAGGCACAACCAACGGUCGAAGCUAGAUCUGACAUGCCACACACACACACACACACACACAGACAGACACCGAGCAGAUGAAUGCGACGCACACCCUCCAGACUGGUCGGUGAGUCUUGGUUUCCUCACUCCAUCAUGUGUAUGCGGCUUUGGAAGUUGGCCCAGCUCUUGCUGCUGCUGCUGCUGCCGUUGCUGUCUUCAUCUCUGUCGGCGUGCGCCUCUGCCAGGGUGUGUGCGUGUGUGUGUACGGCCUCUGUGAACCGCCGGACGGCAUCCACCAGCUCGAGAAUGGCGCGAUGCACCACCGACAGGCGCAGGAAACAACGGCUGACAUAUAUGCAGAUCGUUUACCACACAAAGAGAGAGACACAGACACAUCUGGCUGGUCUGGUGUGCGUGUGGCUGCGUGGCGUAGGUACGUCAUGAGUACGGCCAGGAAGGUGUCGUGCGCCCUUUUGAUGUCCUCGAAGUCCUGACUGUGCUCUAUGCGGUGCAGCAGACCCAGGUACUCCUCCUGCGGUGCAUUGCGUGCAGCAAUCCACUGGAUGGAGGCGUGAAUUGAAUGUGUGUGUCCCCUGCCCUGCUCACCUCGAUGACGUCCUGCUGCAGGUACUGCAACACCUGGGACACAAUGUAGCUCAUGCGGCACCUGCACACACACACACACACACAUGCACAAUGAGAGAUGAUGAGGAACAACAACACCGCUGCUGCGUGUGGCCACCACCACCACCUGAGUAGCCACACGGGCGUCCAUCGGUCCCGCCCCUGUGUGUGUGAGCGUGAGCGAUCCUCCGUUGCUGGACCAGCGCUACUGCUACUGCUACUGCUACUGCCAUGGGGCAACAAACUGGAAGGAAGACACAACGACGCAAGCCAGAUUGUGUGUGUGGGGGGGGGGGGUCUUGGUCUUUGCGUGUCCAUCCAUCCAUUGGCGGGGCGGUUGGCUGUCUGUCUGUCUGCUGGCGUCCGUGCGUACCGUCGUACGACGGAGCCGUCCUUCCACACCAGCUCCAGCUCAUACUGAGCCUUCCUGCCACGCACAACACACACAUCCACACACACACACCCCUGCGGACUGGACCGAUUCAUAUGCAGUAUGUCAGUGAGUCAGUCAGUCAGUCACCUGAGUGCCAGCAGGAAGGAGAACAGGGCGUUGUAGCUCUCGAUGUUGCUGAAUGAAUGAAUCGUGAAAACAAGGAAGAUACUCACCCACUCCACUGCGGUGCGGUGUGUGUCUUGUGUGUUGGGAGGGGAGGCGGUAGCUCACGCACGCGUCGGAAAUGACGAGUGGGAUGGGCCAGGGGGGCGAAUAGUGCAGCCGAACGUCCUGCCCGCACACACACACACAGACAAAAUGAUGAAUGCCUCCCCUCCCCUCCCCCCUCGUGCGGUUCGGUCCGUAUUCACCUGCCAUGAAGGGGUGUGUUGUCUGUGUGCACCGCCCCUUAGUGCACCCCCUGGACCCCUGCUGCUGAUACUGGUAGUGCCGCUGCUGCCGCUCCCGGCCACUGCCGCCUCGGCACACCCCUCGUGACGCCACACACGCACCUCAAACGGCCUGACGCACACACACACACACACACAAACCAAUCGCACCUUCUCAUACGUGGUGGUAUUUGCGUCUGAUCAACAGGCAUACAGACCAGUCUUGUGUGGUGAAGGAAGCCGCAUUGGGGUGCUGCUGCUGCUGCUGCUGCUGUUGGGUGACGAGGCGCAGUUUGGUCGCCGGUUGCGACGGUCUGCCGUUGAGGAGGGUGCUGUUGCUGGUGGUGGUGGGGCUAGGAUGGCCGGGCGGCUCGAACGACAGCGGGAGAGUCAUCAGCCUGUACGUCGCGAAAAGAGAAAUCACGCAUUCACCUUCAAGUGUGUGUGUGUGUGUCUGCGUGUGUUUGUGUGCCCACCCGACGAAGAGCGAGCCGAGGUCCAGCGAUAGGACGGACGACAGCUGACAGACAGAAACACACCACACAACACAGCACAGCACAGCACAAGGGCAGUGGAGACCAGACGCGUGUGAGUGUGUGUGCUCAGGCACAUUGAUGGGUAUCCUCAGGAGGGGGUCUUGGUCAUCUUGCGCUGCUGCAUCGGACGCGCUGUGCAUGGCGUCGAAAUGCACCACCAAGUGGCCGCCACGCUCUCCACUGCCCACCUCAUAAGCAACACUGGCGGAGCGGAUCCGAUUCGAUGACACACACAAACACACACACAGACAUGGCCUGACACAGCACGGCUCAGGUCAGCUCAGCUCACCGUAUCUGGCACUCGACAGACAGCUCACUACUGCCGUCUUGUGCGUGUGCCUCGACAGCCAGCGCGGUGACCUUGCCCUUGCCGCCCAGCCGAUGAACACCUCUGCCUCCCCUCUGAUGGUUGUCCUCCCCCUCCCCGUCCCCAUUCCCCCUCCUCUCACCCACCCCACCACCACCAUCAGCACCAGCCACCACCCUGGUCUGCCACAGGGCGUCCCGGACCUCAGCCGCACGCAGGAACGACACUGCUGCAUCGUCUCUCUUGGUGCUCGGCGAGGGCAUGGCUGCCGAGAUGAGGUAGGCCGCCAUGUCCACCGACAGCCGCCUUGACCCACCUCCUCCACCUGUUGGCGCGUCUGAGCUCCCGUGUGGGAACUGCAUGAGCCGCACGGCCGCCUCCACCACCACACACUCGGGCAUGGCCGGCCAUAGCACCGGGGUGCUGCUGCUGCUGGUGGCGGCGGUGGUCUCCUUGCUGUCCCUUCUGCUGGUGGUGGUGGUGCUACGGUGGAGUGCCGACGGCGGUGUGCGGUUUUGGAAGACGAUGGCCACUCGUGUGCCGCCCAUGCGGAGCCGCGCAGAGGGGAUGGAAGGGGGCUGUUGGUGUUUGGGGCUGCCUGUGGGGGGUGGUGGUGUUGGCUCGAAUAGUCGGAUGUUGAGAGUGUGUUUGAAGCCGUGGGCGGCGGGCUGCCGGUGAAGGUGCCAACACGCGCUGGAGCCCUGGUCUGCUCACACACACACACACACACACACAUGCACACAUGGAUGAACGGGAUGCGUGCAGCGAGACGUGUGUGCAUGUGUUGUGUUGCAUGUGAUGUGUCUGCACAUCCUAGGUGAAGUGAGUACCGUACCCAUGGGUACGUUGUCUCUGUUGAAGAAGACUGAUGCGGGUGAGGCCUGGAUGAGGGACGGCUCGCCCAACACUAUGGUGCCGUCGUCAGACAGCCUGAGCACACCACACCAUAAGUGCAUCCGGACAGGCCAGACGGAUGUAGGCAACGGCCUGCCCACCUGACCUGGUUCUUCCAGCCAUGAGCAGCGGCACGGACGACAGCCCCCUCAUGCUGGCAGACACCUCAAACCCAUUGGACCUGACCACACACACACACACCCAUCCCUCGGUCCACCCAUCAAUGGUCGCUCCCCCAAGACGCGCAGACAGACGUACAUUAGCCGCACACUGAAGUGCUCCACGUGAGACGACAGAGGAUUCACCACACCGGUCCCUGCCGCUGCUGCUGCUGCUGCGUCCGUCUCUGUCUGUGUCUGUGUCUGUGUCUGCGUCGGAGCGGUAUGUGCGCACGCACCCCCACCGUCGGCAUCAUCCGCCACCGCCCGGGCCGCCCGGUGCCACGCCACACGCUGCAGGCUGUCCUGCAUCGAUGUGGGUGUGGUGCUGUCGUCUGGAGGGGACGACAGCAGGGGCCAAGCCUCGUCCAGCAACACUUGGAAGAAGAAACCUGAUUAACCAACCCGGUUAAGUUGAUGGCAGCAGGAUGGGAUGGGAAUGUACUGUACUAUACCUCCUCCGAGGAGGUAGAAUGUCUUGAGUGCCUUGAUGUGCUCCACCAGACCAGCCGCGUGCAGCAGACGCCAUAGACGGUGAGCUACCUGAUGCGGACACACACACGCACACACACACACACACACAAAAUACACAAUACACACACAUAUCAAGCCGACAAGAACAGGAGAGAGCAACUCGCACGCCCCAUGCGCUGUGCGUUCGUUCACUCACCGCGGCCCUGAGCGUCUCGACAGUGUCCUCGAGCACUGCUACAGGCGUCAUCUCGCCCUUGACGGCCACAGCAAACACAUCACGCUAAGGACACACAUGCAGACAGACAGGAAGCGAAGCUGAUGAUGCACACGCUCGCUAUAGGCAUGCUUGUGUACUGCUGCACCCGACCCGCACCAUUUUGUCCAGUGUGGGCUGUAUGUCUCGCAUGUCAGUGUGUCGCCAGAGGCCGCUGCGUCGGAGCACCCGCACGGCCUUGCCGAUGAACAGCACCUGCAGGGCAUUGCAGUCCGUACAGGUGGGGGGCGCGGCGCUACAGACAUGUUGGUUGGUAUCGAUGCAGAUCCACACACGGAUGUACACCUACCUUUUUCGCCGUUGCGAUGGAGACGCACGACGCCGAGGGGAUGGCGUCGUAUCGGAGGCCGAACAUGUCGUUCCACUCGUAGCGACCGCACUGCACACAACAAACACGACAGACACCACACAGCACAGCACACCACAGCAAACCAGAUACAACCAAGGCAUCAUACAGCAGAACACAUAGCCUUCCUUCUCUCCCUACCGCCCUCCCCGUCGCACACCUCUUUGCCUAUCAUUUCUCCAUUGCCAUCGGCCACCAUCCCACCAUCACCAUCACCUCCAGAACCCCCUUUAUCGCGGCAGCACCGGACGAAGAACUCUCCGUGUGGGUCGACGAGCUCCCCCCGCACCACCCAGGUCACCAGCUGGUACAGCAGCACCUCGCCCACUCCACUGAGCACUGACGCCAGCAGCGGGCGGCAGGGCGAGGGGGCCGUCCACCAGCCGUCCCAUAUCGUGUCCAGCAACGCGGCACCUGUGGACGAGGUGGCGGCUCCUCGGUCAGACCAACACACCUGGGGCGUGGCAUGGCAUGGCCAGGGAGGGACGUGUUGUGUGUGGUGUGGAUGCUGGUGUGGGUGUAUAGGUGUAGGUGUGUGGGUCUCCACUCCAUCUGUCCCUCCCUCACCUGUUGUGCCAGCGAUCUGAGUGUCCUGAUGGCGUGUGGUUGGUGCUGCAGCGCCACCGAUAUGUGCGAGAAGGGAAGGAGGGGGUCCUGCAUGGCCAUGAUUGAUUUCAAUGUGUGUACACCUGCCGGCUCUCGGCGAUACCCAUGCUGUUGUGUGCCUACCUCCAGGUACUGCUGCUCCAGGUCACAGACCUUCCGGUGGUACUCACGCAGGUAGGCCCCGAUCUGCCGGGCCAGCGCCUGCACAUACAGACCGGUGGGGGACACUCCAUUUCCCUUGACACACAACCAGGGAUAAACUUGAUCUGGUGGACCACACACAAACACAUAUUCCAUUCAUCCAUCCAUCCAUCGGGAGAGCUACCUGCCGCAUGUUGAUUCUCCUCUGAAGCCUGUGUGGCGGCUGUGACGAAGCUCUUGAGUGCGGCCACGUCAGCGCCUGUGGCCACGAUAGAUCCGAUGAGCUCGCUCUCGCCCUUGGCCAGCGACUUGACGGCGGGGUUGACGACAAAACACUCGCCCUCUAGCUGAAUUAAGUCACCCGGCACGCCCACGACUGCAAACAGAACCUCAGAUAUCAUUUCGCUUGGGGCUG